GAGUUGACAACACUGGAUCACUGUGAUCGAUGUGAUGUAACAGCAGAACUAACCUCACUGUCGGUUUGCUAAAUCAGUGUUUAUAAGAUCGUGAAACUCACGUAAUUGCCAGGAGAAUCAUGGCACGAGUACCAGAUAUCCCGGACACCAAGGCCAUAGAAGGAGAGAGGCCUAUGUCCAUCAUGCGUCGUAUGGGACGUGAAAGAGAACGGAUGCUGGGAAUGACGGAUGAGGAGCGAGCAUGGAGAAAGAAGUGGUUAGAUGCUCAGAAACUCGCGCCCGAGGAGCCUGUGAUGCCAAAGGGGUAUUACGAAGAGAUGUACAACCCGAUCAGAAGAUUUUACAUGGCACCAAUGAACAAAUUUCAGAACAUGUUAGAGCCAUUUACGGGUCAUACAGUGGCAUAUGUAACGCGGCAUUUUUUAAGCAGAGCCGCAGUGGGUAUUAUUGGAAUCUAUUGCUUCUACUAUCAUCUAAAGUAUAACAAAAUGAAUUGGAUGAGGCAGGGUGGAUGGCAGAUCACGGUGUCUAGAUCCAAAAUGUAUCCUGACAAUAAGGAUCUAAAUGUCUUGUACAAAACUAAAGGCGAUCAAUUCUAUGUGAACAAUUUCGACAAGUCCCCUAUAUAAAUCUAAAAAAUGUGUCAUCUUCCUUGUAUAGUUAUUAUUUAAUUGACAUUGUCAAAUGUCUAAAAUAAGAGAAAUAUGAUGUUAAUAAACAUUAUUAGUAAUAGUUAUUUUAAUAUUAUCUCUUUUAAAUGUACAUGGGUGGUUUAAAAAGUUUUCGACCAAUAAAGAAUAAAGCUAGUAUAA